CUGUUGGCAUUAGAUACGAACCAAACUAGUGGCUAGGGGAGGAGAAGCCUUGGGAGGGAUCGGAGGAGCGUUCAAGUACAUGAUCCAGAACGAAGGUUUGUUGUCUCUCUACAAGGGUCUAGUCCCUUCAAUAGCAAGCAUGGCUCUGUCCGGUGCGGUUUUCUACGGGGUUUACGACAUUCUUAAGUCGUCGUAUCUGCACACACCGGAAGGCAGGAAGAGACUCAAAGACAUGAAGCAGCAGGGGCAAGAACUCAAUGCUCUGGACAAGCUUGAGUUAGGACCCAUCAGGACUCUCAUGUACGGUGCUGUAGCGGGUGCGUGUACUGAAGUGGCUACGUAUCCUUUUGAAGUAGUGAGACGGCAGCUUCAGAUGCAGAUUGGUAGAGACAAGUUGAAUGCUUUGGCUAUGGGGUUUAAUAUCAUUGAAAGAGGAGGGGUCCCAGCUUUAUACGCUGGGCUUUUGCCUAGCUUGCUUCAGGUGUUGCCUUCUGCUGCAAUAAGUUACUUUGUCUACGAGUGUAUGAAGAUAGUGCUUAAAGUAGAGUGACAAGAAGAUCAUUCAUCCAUAAACACAAUGCAAUGAUAAGUUUUGUUCUAUUUUUAGUCCUUUGAAAUUGCCAAAAAAAUAUAUGAUUUCAAGAGCAUUCAUCCAUAACUA